AUGCGGGAGACAAACAGAACAGAAGUACUCAAAUACAGCUUGGACCGAUAUGCCACGAGCUCAGCCAAGUUGAAAACGGUGUUGCCAGCGUGCGCUGAAACCCACAACGCUACCGCCUUUUUCAUAUUCAGAAUCGACGGCCACACGGUCUACUUGCAAAGUAUCGAUGGUGUGAGCCUGAGGGAUAUUAACGAGCUCGAGAUGGAUCAAAGGGACAAUGAAAGAGUUGCAAAGGCUUAUGCCUUCAUCAAUUGUAUACUGGACAGUGAUGCCGAAUUUCUGUAUGUUCUUACAGGAUACUCGACUCAAGAUGAUGAUGAUGAUGAUGCGAUAAACGAUACUCCAGAAAGCUGGGCCCAGGCCGCUGAGAGAGCAGCAGAUUCGUACUUUCGAAUGCAGCAGUAUAUGAACCAUCAUCAUCCGAAAUUGUGCAUUCCCCGUGACUCCCUUUGA